CGGUCUUGCCAUAAAGGACUGCCAAACGAGGGCUCUGCCUCUUUGACUCAGGACUGGAGCUAGGCUUUGCUGUCCGGUUCUGGUCUUCAUCUGCCUCAUUCCUCUGGAGGCAGGCAGGGAUAUUCCCUGCAGCCAGCCGUGCCUCCCCCGGCUGCAGAGACCCUACCAGGCGCUCAAAGUUGGUGCGUCAGCAUUUUAGGUAAAAAUGAGUGAAAAAUCAAUCAGGAUGACUGCAGUGGUAGCAUGCACGACUCUAACCUAGUUGGUCCCUCAUUUUCAACUCUUCACCAUCGACCCAAGUCAGGUUUAAGAUGUGAAGAAGAUUCCCUGGGUUAUAAAGAUGAAGAGGCUACUUCUUCUGGUGCUGAUUUCAAUCUGCUGGGCUGAUCAUUCAGACAACUACACUCUAGAUCAUGACAGAGUGAUUCACAUCCAAGCAGAAAAUGGCCCCCGUCUACUCGUGGAAGCAGAACAAGCCAGGGUGUUCUCACAUCGAGGUGGCAAUGUUACACUGCCAUGUAAAUUUUAUCGAGACCCUACAGCAUUUGGCUCAGGAACCCACAAGAUCCGAAUUAAGUGGACCAAGUUAACUUCAGAUUACCUCAAGGAAGUGGACGUUUUUGUUUCCAUGGGAUAUCACAAGAAAGCCUAUGGAGGCUACCAGGGUAGAGUGUUUCUGAAGGGAGGCAGUGAUAAUGAUGCUUCUCUGGUGAUCGCAGACCUCACCCUGGAGGAUUAUGGGAAAUACAAGUGUGAGGUGAUUGAAGGAUUGGAAGAUGAUACUGCUGUGGUAGCAUUAGAUUUACAAGGUGUGGUAUUCCCUUACUUCCCACGACUCGGGCGCUACAAUCUCAAUUUCCACGAGGCACAGCAGGCGUGUCUGGACCAGGAUGCUGUGAUUGCCUCCUUUGACCAGCUUUACGAUGCCUGGCGGGGCGGGCUAGACUGGUGCAACGCCGGCUGGCUCAGCGACGGGUCUGUGCAGUACCCCAUCACGAAGCCCAGAGAGCCUUGCGGGGGCCAAAACACGGUGCCUGGUGUCAGGAACUACGGGUUUUGGGAUAAAGACAAAAGCAGAUAUGAUGUUUUCUGUUUUACAUCUAACUUCAAUGGCCGGUUUUACUACCUGAUCCACCCCACCAAGCUGACCUACGACGAAGCGGUGCAAGCUUGUCUCAACGACGGUGCUCAGAUCGCAAAAGUGGGCCAGAUCUUCGCAGCCUGGAAACUUCUGGGAUACGACCGCUGCGAUGCGGGCUGGCUGGCGGAUGGCAGCGUCCGCUACCCCAUCUCUCGGCCGAGGAGGCGCUGCAGUCCCACGGAGGCUGCCGUGCGCUUCGUGGGGUUCCCAGAUAAAAAGCAUAAGCUGUAUGGUGUCUACUGCUUCAGAGCAUACAACUGAGUGUGCCCCUAGAGCACAUCAGUUUUAAAGUCAUUAAGAACAUGUGAAAGGUUUUUUGUUUUUUUUUUUGUUUGGGUUUGGUUUUUUUGUUUGUUUGUUUGUUUGUUUGUUUUUUCAAUACGAACUCGUGCAAGUUACCAAAACUGUGAUAACCCUUUUUUACUUACUGGAAAGAGUCAUUUUCAUAAAGACCAAUUCAUGAAUUUGUUUUUGUAAAGCUAUCAUUCAAUAUAUAUUAUAAAUUAAUAUAAUUUUAAGGGAAGCGCUAGAUAAGGAGGCUUUAGAGCCAAAUUGUUUAGGCUACAUCAUCCCGGUGAAGUACCCUUUCAUGAACGGGGCACGCAAUAGCUUGAGGGUUGCGAGGGUGACGUUAAGGAAAGUGCAGCUAUUCAGAGCAGCAGCUUCCACAAGCACAAAUUUUACACAUUUGUACAAUUUUGAAAUGCACUACAAUCUACAGAUUAGAGCAACGGAUUUGAAAUACAGGCUUCUUUACAGAAACUGAGAUUCCGAGGGGUUGCACAAAACUCAGUUUCACAAGGGAACAAUCUACACUUUUCUAAAAUAUGUUAUUUCAAGUCUCCAAUAAACAGAACGUUUUAGUCUUUAAAAUCCUGCCUUUUUGACCAAAAAAAAAAAAAAAGAAAGAAAGAAAUUUAUAUGGACUCCAAUGCAUAGUGACAAGCACAGUUAAAACUCCUUAAUAACCCCAUUUAUAUGAAGUAUGAAACAUAAAUGAGCAGAUAAUAUUUAACCGAUGAGAGACUCCUAUCUUCUUUUAAUUGAAAUGACAGGUACCUGAGAAAAUCAUUAAAUCUUUUGAGUAGCUUUACCAAGUUAUAUUUAAAUUCUAAGGGCCGUCUGCUAAGCAGCAUUAGCAUCUACUCAGGGCAGUUAUAUAGAUAAACUGCUGGACAGAAAAAUUGUAAAAUUUAGCAGCUUGAUUUUAUGUUAGCCUAUGAAAUAUAUUGUCCUAUAAAAAUAACUUUAAGCUAUUUAAUAUUUCCUUCUUAUUUACCUUACAGGAAAGAAAUUUAAACCACAAAAGAAAUGAGUAACUCAACACUUGCCUAACCAACAACAGACAACCAAAUAUAGACCCAACUUUCAAAAUUCCCAUUAUUCUUCUUUGUAUAUACUAGAAAGCCCAAAUGGUGCCUGUGGGGGGGGAAACAAGAGAACAAAGUCGUUCUAAACCUUCCUCCAAAUAGAAAACGUGGUCAGUGAUGUCACUUUCCUUCAUUAGGCUUAAAUGAAAUGCAGAACCUCCCAUCAAAGAGUUUACACUAAAAUCUUCAGGGCUUUAAAUGAAAGGGUAAGGCCAGCUUUAGAAAAACAACUUUAGACAUUAGCAGCUCCAAUAUUAAAUAAAGCUCUGUUUUCCUAUAUUUUUAUGACUGUGAGACCCCACAGGGACCAAUAUUUGUAUUCAAAUUACAUUUCAUGGUUUCCCAUUGUUUCACAAUGAGUUCUAAUAAAUGGGAUUUAGUAUAAUAAUCCAAGUAUGACAUAGCUGGUAUGCUUUCAUGAAUGUUUUUAUGUAGAUUUUCCUCCCAUGAACAUGAGUAAAUAAAUCUGUUUCCUGAAUUGAU